AAAUUUCAACUGUCAGUAACGCCGCUGCUUGAAAAACCGGGUGUACAAUAGCAGCGUAACUCGGCAUCGGCAUAGAUGAAAAGGUAUAUAACAAAUCCGCCCUUCUCCGAUUCAAUACUGAAAACAGUCCUCUUCUCUUCACGCCAUUUCGCCAGCUCCGCCGCCACUGCCCCCUUAGACUUAGAAGACGACAUCGGAGGAUUCACCGGAGCAUCUUUUGGCGGGAUAAUCCAAGACAAAGACCUUCUCAGGAAGACCCCCAAUGGUCUCUACGUGCUGGGCCUCAUCGAUAAUGGUGCGAUGGACCCAAACGCCACUCUCUACAACCAACUCCUUAAACGCUGUACCCAGCUGGGGAGGCUGAAGGAAGGAAGGCUCGUCCAUGCCCAUGUCCUGAAUUCCAGUUAUCGUAACUAUGUUGCUGUGCAAAACUCGAUAAUUAAUAUGUAUGCCAAAUGUGGGUCGCCAGUUGAGGCGCGCAAGGUGUUUGAUGAAAUGGCUGAGAGGGAUAUGGUUUCUUGGACUGCCGUGAUUACUGGGUUUUCGCAGAACGAUAGAGCCCAGGAAGCGUUGGGUUUGUUUGUGGAGAUGUUGAGGGAUGGAUUCGUGCCGAAUCAAUUUACUUUGGGGAGUGUGUUGAAGGCGGCGACUGCUGUUGGGGAGAUGGAGGGCAGGCAAAUUCAUGCGGUUUGCUUAAAAAGCGGUCAUGGUGAUGAUGUGUAUGUUGGGAGUGCUCUUGUUGAUAUGUACGCGAAGUGUGGCCAAAUGGAAGAGGCAAAAGUGGUGUUUGACGGGUUGAUGAGCAAGAAUGAGGUUUGUUGGAAUGCUUUGAUUGCAGGCCACGCUAGGAAGAGUGAGGCUGCGAUUGCAGUGAGGCUGUUUUCGGAGAUGAAAAAGGCAGGUUUUGAGGCCACGCAUUUCACGUAUUCUAGUGUUUUUGCAGCUUGUGCAAGUAUUGGAGCUUUGGAGCAGGGAAAAUGGGUACACGGGCAUUUGGUGAAAUCGGGGUUAAAGCUUAUAGCUUUUGUUGGGAAUACUCUUCUUGACAUGUAUGGGAAGGCCGGUAGCAUCGAGGAUGCUCACAAGGUUUUUGAUAGGCUGGUGAAACGCGAUGUGGUUUCAUGGAACUCAAUGCUUACUGCUUGUGCGCAACAUGGACUUGGAAGGGAAACUGUAGAAUGCUUUGAGGAAAUGCGUAGCAGGGGAAUUUUACCCAAUGAAGUAACCUUCCUCUGUGUUCUAACUGCUUGCAGCCAUUCUGGGCUUUUAGAGGAAGGACUAUACUACUUUGAAUUGAUGAAGAAAUUGAAAUUAGAACCGGAUAUCUCACAUUACGUGACAAUGGUUGAUUUGCUUGGUCGUGCCGGUCAACUUGGCCAUGCUGAAAAGUUCAUAAAGGAAAUGCCAAUCAAACCCACAGCAGCAAUCUGGAAAGCGCUGCUUGGAGCUUGCAGAAUGCAUAAGAACAUAGAUUUAGGUGCUUAUGCUGCAGAGCAGGUUUUUGAACUUGAUCCAUAUGAUUCUGGACCUCACAUAUUGCUGUCUAACAUCUAUGCCUCUGCUGGUAGAUUGAGGGAUGCUGCAAAUGUGAGAAAAAUGAUGAAUGACAGUGGCGUAAAAAAGGAACCUGCAUGUAGUUGGUUAGAGAUUGAGAAUAAUGUCCAUAUGUUUGUGGCAAAUGAUGAUUCCCACCCACAGAGAAAUGAGGUUCGUAGGAUGUGGGAGAAGAUUGCUGAUAAAAUUAGAGAAAUUGGGUAUGUCCCGGACACUAGUCAUGUGCUUUGGUACGUGGACCAACAGGAGAGGGAAGUGAGGUUGCAGUGCCAUAGUGAAAAGCUUGCUCUAGCAUUUGCUCUCCUCAAUACACCUCAUGGGUCCACAAUUCGCAUCAAGAAAAACAUUAGAGUAUGUGGUGAUUGCCAUACAGCAUUCAAGUUUGUCUCACAGCUGGUGGGCAGAGAAAUCAUUUUGAGAGAUACUAACCGAUUUCAUCAUUUUCGUGGUGGCUCUUGUUCUUGUGGAGACUACUGGUAAUGGUUGAGUUGAUGCCUGGCAUUCCACAGAUUAUUCAGUCAGGAAGAGUUCAUCACGAUUAAGCUGGGAACUGAGGUCUUAAUGGAGCAAAACAGCAAUUCAUUCCACAUUUCCACCUUCAUCUUGUAUGAGUUAUUAGAUUUCUUAAGAUUUGUUGACACAUAAUCCAAGUGAAUAUAGCAAUGCUUGAAACACACAGAGGUGUUUCUUAUACUUUUGUGGGAUUAGAUCUUCAUUCGCUCUGCUAAAUAAUUUUAGUUGCAACAGCAACAAAGGACAUUUUUGUUUAGGCGAAGUGCGACUACUUGGUCCAGAGGAUUGAGCAGUUCAUUCCACAUUUCCACCUGCAUCUCAUAUGAGUUAUUAGAUUUCUUAAGAUUUGUUGACGCAUUAUCCAAGUCAGUGUAGCAAUGCUUGAAACACAACAGAGGUGUUUCUUAUACUUUUGUGGGAUUAGAUCUUCAUUUGCUCAGAUACGCAAAUCUAGUUGCUAUAGCAACCAAGGACCUUUUGUGUUUAGGCGAAGUGUGAAUUCUUGGUCCAGACUCCAGAGGAUUGUAACUCAAGAUAAUGACAAAGAGAGCACACAAUGAUGGACAUGAUCAAGCAAUCCAAAACCCUUCAGAAUUAUGUAUGAUGAACAAGAAGGAUCAUUACCCUAAGACAUUGAACCUGAUGAAAAGUGCUGCUAGCAGCUUUCAUGGAGACGGUGUUGGUGCACCUUUAUCCUUAAAACCCAACAGCCUCUGCAGACUGCAGUUUUCUUGCUUUAUGCACCAGGAGGUUUGUCAAUCGAAUGGAGAAGAUGAGAGACAGAGAUACAUGUAGACCUUAUUUUUGAAAGUUCCCCUGUAUGCCAAUCCUUUAUAAAAAGUAGCAACCCACUUUGCGUUGUACGUGUAUUAUUUGUUCAUCAUCGUUAGUUCCUAUACUGAAAUCAAAUUAUUACGGGACCUGUCAAAUGACUAGUUAAGAAGUUGAAUGGUUUUACUGGUGUAUUUGCA